GGCAAAAACCCCAAAAAUAAAUAUCUAUUUUGUACUAUAAUUCACAUAUUUGAUAGCCACAAUGGUAAGCGAACUAUAAACCAGCUUCAACUAUGUAUCAACUAUAUAUACUGCGAUUCGGAAAAAAAAACAAGUUUGAAAUAUUUCAUUAGCCAAAAAACAUCCAAACGUAAUUAGCAUUAACUAGCCAAAUUAGACUCAGUGCUAGUCGAAAUUAACAUUUCGUUAACCUAAUUGGUCUAAUUCCGCUAAACAACUCUCAUCUUGCAGUUUUUUUUGGUUAUUGAGGAUAGAGGUUAGGUGCAAUUAUAUUUGCAUAUUCAUUGCUGCCAUCCGAAUUCAGAUGCUCAAGUUGAUCAAACAAACACCAUCUUAACGUUUACAUACAAAUUAUACAGAUGAAUAAACGAAUAAACACGGCCUAAAAUAAUUCAAAAAUAAUUCAAGAGGGAUCGAAUGUGAAUUUUUUACAUGUAUGUAUACAAUGUUGACAUAAUAGAGCACCCUCAAUGAGUAUAAAUGUACUUUUAGAAACUCAAUGCUAGAACUCCCAUUGGGGGUUCAGUCAAAAAAAAAAAACUCCCAUUGGGGUGCUCUAAGAAUUAAGAAUAAGUAUAAAUGCAUGUGGCGUGUGACUUUAUAGUAUAUUUUAUUUGGCGUGCCGAUAUUGCUUAGGAGAGUGGAACCAUAUUGGACUGUGCACUUCGUAAACUAAAUAAAAUGAUUUCAAAUCGCGGCAGGUUAAACAGUUCAAGUGGGAUGUAAACGCUAAUUAAACCGAGCAUAAAAAAUCGACUAUUACGUGGAAUCUACCAUCACUAUAGUCGUCGGGGAUAUUACUUCGGAGUUUCUGACUUCUUUUUGUAUGUUUCUGUUUUUUAAUAUGUAAUGUUCAGUGGAUGGCUUUAUCCAUUUCGGGUUGUUAACGAUUGAUUCCAGAUAAAAAUUAUCUUCUUAUUUGUGAAACAUUCAACAUAUAGUUGACAUACUCUUUUUGGUUUUACGUAUAAUCAUAUUGAUUUUCAUGUUCCUUCAAACCUCUCUAAAUUCUAAGUAAGUUUUCAUCUUCGGAUUAGUCAAUAACUAAACAUGCUUAACAGAGAACAAUUUUAAAGGAUAUUUCAAAAACAAAAUGCAUUUUUAUUUGAUCACAUGAAUAUAUUCACACAGCAAAAAAUUGUUUUAGAAACGUUGUAUUGGAUAAGACAUAGACUUUGGAAAGAAUCACAAAUAACUCUCUGAUAUCGAAUUACGUGUUUGUAAACCGAAUUGAAUCCUUAAAUCUUGUUUUAUUAUUUUGUCCCAGAGACACACAGCCGAAUAAUUAAUAGCCCCAGAAAAAAAUAAAAUACAACUGCAUCCUCAAAACACAUGCAGUCAUGUAGAUAACAGUGGGGAAUUGCUUACACAAAAUCCACUUGCGUCCUCUAAUACAAUACAUCACUAUUCUGUACAAAGUUGACUUCAUGUUAGCUCGAAAAUACAGUCACUAAUCUUAGUGGAUUACGAAAUAUAAAACCGUCCAACAUACAAAACAAGAUAGAAAUUCAUGAAUCUGUGAAUAUGAAUAUCUCUUAGUGCCUAAUCUUACUAGAAUUAUAAAAAUAUGGAGCUUAAUGCGUCCUAUUGAGCACAAGAAACAAAUAUUUCGGAGCCGCCAUACGUCACCAUGCAUUAAUCAUUCUCUUAAUAGUCCACUAAUAGAAGCACAAUUAAGCCCUAAAUAUAGUUGAUAUCUAUUUUCUCUCUAUAAAUAGAACCUCAAUUCUUCACAUCUUAAUAAACUAUCACUCUACAAAGUCAUUUAAACAAGCAAUCUUAGACAAUGAUGAAAACACAAAACAAAAAUGUGCUGCUUACUAUUUUCACUCUUUGUAUGAUUUGUUCAGGGGCUAGGUCACAGCUAAGCCCUGCUAUCUACGAUAAAUCAUGUCCGUAUCUUGUACAAAUUGUCCGUAAACAAGUGAACAUGGCCCUGAAGGCCGAGAUUCGGAUGGCUGCUUCUCUCAUUCGUCUUCAUUUCCAUGACUGCUUUGUUAAUGGGUGCGAUGCGUCUGUCUUGUUGGAUGGAGCAGAUAGCGAGAAAUUAUCGAUUUCAAACGCGAACUCUGCGAGAGGAUUUGAAGUAGUUGAUACUAUCAAAGCCGCUGUGGAAAGCGCAUGUCCUGGUGUUGUUUCUUGUGCUGAUAUACUCACUUUAGCCGCUCGCGAAUCAGUUUACAUGACUGGAGGACCUAUGUGGAGAGUGGCAUUAGGAAGAAAAGAUGGACUUGUGGCAAAUCAGAGUAGUGCAAACAAUCUUCCAUCUCCUUUUGAACCUUUAGACGCUAUCAUUGCCAAGUUUCAAGCUGUAGGCCUUAACGUCACCGACGUCGUAGCUUUGUCAGGAGCUCACACCUUUGGACAAGCAAAAUGUGAUCUCUUCAGAAACCGGUUGUUCAACUUUACUGGCCAGGGAUCUCCGGAUGCAACACUUGAAACGACACUCUUGUCUGAUCUGAGAACAGUUUGUCCCAUAGGAGGAAAUGGAAACGUAACAGCUCCCCUUGAUAGGAACUCUACGGACGUCUUCGACAACAAUUAUUUCAAGAACCUCCUCCAAGGGAAAGGUCUUUUGAGUUCGGAUCAGAUUCUGUUCUCCAGUGACUUGGCCGUGAAUACAACAAAAAGACUUGUGGAGGCUUAUAGUCAGAGCCAGAGCUUGUUUUUCAGGGACUUCACUUGUUCGAUGAUCAGAAUGGGUGGUAUUAUGAAUCCUAUCAAUGGAUCGAGUGGGGAGGUUAGGAAAAACUGUAGAGUUAUUAAUAACUAGUGUGUGUUCUUUUGCUUUUCUGCUAUGUUUGGGUGUUGGUCAUCAGUCCUCGUGUGUGUAUCAAAAUGAUCUCGUGUGUAAUAAUAAGAAGUUAAUGGGUUUGUUUAA